AUGGAAAACUCAUCACGAAGUCCCGAAAACUCAUCCAUUUUUCCAAAUGCGAGCAUUCGCUCUGGAGCCAAUUUGGUGAGACCAAACCGUUUUUUACCACGCUUGGGGCGAUUCCAACAUUCGCCUUCUGCGUUCUAUAAUUUAAGGAGCGAGCAUGAACGUCGGAGACGGCGCAUAACCAGUCAGCAGCUACAGCAGCCGCGAUCGCUCAAUAUAGGCCAAUACAUCUCUACAAACAAACGUCGCCGGGUUGAAGAAGAAGGCCAGGCCGAGAUGACUCAAGUUCCUUUGGAAUUGCACUCUUGCGAUGGAGGUAGUUACGAUGGCGAUCGAUAUUAUAAUUAUCCCAGCACAGAAUACUGUCCGGAGAAUGCUUUGCGUAAUGACGGCUCUGUUUACUGCACGAAAAACUCCCGCUGUAACAUGAUCCUUCAGCACGUCGACAAGAAAUGCUUCACCCUUCAGAGACUGGUAAUAAGAGCUCCUUCAUCAGGCUAUACCUCUCCUGUUCGCGAAGGCAUGAUUUUUGUGACCAUGGACGACAAUAACUUACUCACUCGUACAAACUACUCGAUCCGCUACGAAGAUUAUAAUGAUGAGCGUGAAGAUGAUAGUGAGGAUGAGAUCGAGAAUCGUCGAGCUAUUAGACUGCCCCAAGCAGACCCCUGUGACACAACCCAAGAGGAUCGUGAAUCUCAGCCUUUGAUAGAGUCUUCAACAACUCCUGGUUUACUCUAUAGAGGACGUACCGCAAUCAAUUUAAGAGAUACCGAUGUGGGUCCGUCAAGAAUCGAAGCAACUCCCGAUGCAGCAGGAAUUGCCGCACAAAUACCACUUCUUGAACCUCAUGCAACGUUUUACAACCGUGAUAAUAAGAAUAAAUGCGUCAUCAACUUUGAACCCGCUAUUUCUGGGAGGUUCAUUCUGGCCAAGUUCUUUGCAGGCCAUAUGGAUGACAACAUAGACAUCGAAUUUAUUGGGGCCUAUGGUUAUGUCGGAAGGCGGUUUUUCCCAGCAACCACCCCACGGUGA